AUGUCAACAACGGGCGCACCUGGGUCGGGAAUGUAUUGCGGAGAGAACACCUUCAAUGGAGCGCUGUUGAAAGCCCAAAUCUCUGUCGAUACUGCCUUCAGUGGUAUUAGAGUCGAGCUCGUUAUCGGCUCUGAGGAAGAAGGCCAAACAAUCCCAACAACCACUGCUCAAGGGUCUUCCAGCGAGCCUUCGACCGAGUCUUCCGCUGCAUCGGCAGCUGUGACGAGCUCAAAUAUCACCUCGGAUCUAGCUUCAGCCUCUGGACUAACCACAAAAUCCACCGGCUUCACUACUGGUAACUCUACCGUUUCCCAUUGCCCAUCUUCUAGCAUUUUUGCUGGAACCCAUUGA